UUAUUUUACGAUAUUAAGAGUAGCGAGUAAAUACAGCAUUACAGCGAGUUGCCGGCAACUAGUUUCAGCUGUCAAUAACAGCUGUUUAGCGGCGUGUGAAAAUUCGUUUAAAAUUUGUUUUGUAAUUCAGCAUGGCUGCCACAAAGACUUUGCGCGCAUUAUUACAAGAGCUACGCACAGCUUCACCUAACGGCUGCAUCAAAAAUUCGCUGGCCGCACGAUAUGUCUUAGCGCAGUACAAGAAGUAUUCCACCACAGAUCUGCAAUUGUGUAAGGCGCGAGAUGAGGCGCUAUUCUUGGGUCAAACCUAUUUAACAUAUUUAUCCAGCUUGCGAAAAUACAAUGAAUUGUACAAAGAGUACCAUGGUCGUGGUGAACGCAGCGUCAAAGAGACUGCCGAUUUGGUCGGCUUUAAAUUGCCCACGGAUCCGAAGUAGAGGAAUUAAGAAGAGCUGUGUUAUGAAUAAUGUUAACGCAACUGGGGAUAUCAAUGAAUGAAAAUAUAUAGUAUAGAUAUAUUAGCGUAAUUUUGAAAUGAAUAUCGAUUUUUGUUGGAUUCAAUAAUACCAAAGCAAUGUAACAGUUUACUCUGUGAAAGCAA